GACGUCACUUGCACCAGCUGACCUCUCGCCCCGUUGCGCGUGGCUUGGUUUUCAGCAGCGUUGUUCGUCGUAUAUACACUUCGUGUCGUCCUCUGCAUUGCUAGAGUUCGCGAAUUUUUCGUGGUUUAUCUCCAAAUAAUGCCCCCCAAGAUGCCGUCCAAGAAGAAGAGUGGUACUCGCGAGAACUCACCCACCCCGACCUCUACGACCCCUCCAGGGAUCGGUGGUGUGGGUUGGGACUUGGCAGACCCAGUGGCGACAGCCAAUGGCAUCGUUGACAAGAAGGCCCGUAACCUGGAAAAAAGAAAGAACAAGCUUAUAACGCUGAAGCAGAGCAUAGAGACGGGAGCCAAACUGACCCCGGACCAAGAAGAUGCCGUCAGUAAACUCGGAGAGGUCAACAUUCAACUGGAGAUGGUGAAAGACCUUCAGAAACAGUUUGCUGCUGUCACCACCGAGUACCAAAAACUUCGAAAAAGGCAGCAAAAAUUGGAGAAACAGCAGCAAAAAGACGCGGAGAAGGACAACAUGAGAAAAGUUCUGGGAUACUCUUUUGGAGUGUAUCACCUGUUGGAUUCCAUUGAUGAGGUGGCGAAGGAGCACUUUGCGGCCGGUAGCAACGGAGCAGUGCAACUGACUGACUCCGAGCUGGGAAAUCUAGACUCCCUCUACCGACUCCUGGCGCCCAGCCGGGCGGGAAACCCCUCAUACCGGUCUGACCUGCUGCUGGCCAGCGACCACUUUCUCCUCCUCUUUGAGCAGUCUGCCAAGGCAGUCAUUGGCACCAACUGUAUCCACUUCUUAACAUUCCCUUUUCUACCACUUACUCUUGAUAUUUCGUUAACUUUAACCCCUUACCCACCAGACAAGGAACUGUACGAACUCCUACAGAAGGUCGAAGCGUGUGAAUAUUUCGACAAACCUCACGACGAUGAAGAAGAAGAUGAAGAAGAUGAUGAAGAGGAGGAGGAGGAGGAGGAGGAGGAGGAGGUGGUGGAAAGAGAACCUGAGGUGUCACGUGAUGAUCAUGUGACGGCUCAGCCAGUUGCCGAGGUAACGCCGGUGGAUCAUGUGACCUACGACGGUGGUUACCAAGGGAACCAGCCCAGAGGGGGAGAGAGAGACUUAGCCAGUGGAGGGAGUGGCUAUAUUGCGCAGCCGUACAUGCCAGCCUCGGUCCCGUCUCCCACAUUCCCCGGACUGGAGGGAGGUGGACAGCAGGCGACUGGUACCGAUGAUGGGUUCUCGUUCAUGCACGAUUCUGAGGUCACCAGACCAGUGCCCACGGCAACCGUCCAGCCAACACACGUUUCGUCUCUCCCUCCCUCCCUCCCUCCGUCUCAGAGUAUUAAUUCUGCACAUCUUCACCAGCCACAGCCACAGUACAGUUACAACCGUCCUCCCCAAUCAAACACAAGUCCCGACAUCAAGGGGGUUAAAGUUAUUGACGGUGAGUAA